UGGACGGUGAAUCUGGUUGCGAUGGAGACCGUGUCCCUGGAGCACCAGAUCCAGAGCGUGCAGCGGCACAUCGCCUUCCUGAAGAAGGAGCAGAUGGAGCUGCUCCACGACCUGCACCUGGAGAUCCUCCGCCUGCAGAAGCACUGCUCAGAGCUCACCCAUGACCUGGAAAUGAAAGAGCUGGAGGCCCGCCAGCAAGAUGUCCUGGACCGCGAGCUGGAGGAGAAGUGCCGGGCGAUGGAGGCGCAGCUGCAGGAGAAGGAGAAGGACAACGUGGAGCUGCGCAAGGAGCUGCAGCACAAGGAGACGCUGGUGGCCGCGCUGCGCUCCAGCCUGCGCAGCAAGGAGCGCCGCUUCCUGGAGGAGCUCAAGCGCCGGAGCCACCGCGUCACCAUCCUCGACACCGAGCUGCAGAAGCAGACGGAGGCGGCCGCCUACCUGUCGAGUAGGCGGCGAGGGGACGGCGUGGCCCGAGCGGCCCGAAAGGCCUGA